AUGGCGCAACUCGACACCCUCGAUCUGGUCGUUCUGGUGGCUCUCUUGGUGGGUAGCGUGGCCUACUUCACCAAGGGAACCUACUGGGCCGUUCCGAAAGACCCCUAUGCCUCCUCCACCGCUACCCUGAACGGCGCCGCCAAGAGCGGCAAGACUCGCGACAUCGUUGAGAAGAUGGAGGAGACGGGCAAGAACUGUGUGAUUUUCUAUGGCUCCCAGACCGGUACUGCCGAGGACUACGCCUCGCGCCUGGCCAAGGAAGGCUCUCAGCGCUUUGGUCUGAAGACCAUGGUCGCCGAUAUUGAGGACUAUGACUACGAGAACCUGGACAAGUUCCCCGAGGACAAGGUUGCUUUCUUCGUGCUGGCCACCUACGGUGAAGGUGAGCCGACCGACAACGCCGUCGAGUUCUACCAGUUCUUCACCGGUGACGACGUCGCUUUCGAGAGCGGCGCCGCUGCCGAGGAUUCCCCUCUCUCCUCUCUCAAGUAUGUCGCAUUCGGUCUCGGAAACAACACUUAUGAACACUACAACGCCAUGGUUCGCCAGGUCGACGCCGCCUUCACCAAGUUGGGUGCGCAGCGCAUUGGAACUGCCGGUGAGGGUGACGACGGUGCUGGUACCAUGGAGGAGGACUUCCUCGCCUGGAAGGAGCCCAUGUGGGCUGCUCUGACCGAGGCUAUGGGUCUCCAGGAACGUGAAUCUGUCUACGAGCCGGUCUUUUGUGUCUCCGAGGACGACGAGAAGUCGCCCGAGGAUGAGUCUGUUUACCUGGGAGAGCCUACCUCCGCCCACCGUGAUGGCCAGCCCAAGGGUCCCUACUCUGCUCACAACCCGUACAUUGCCCCCAUUGUCGAAUCCCACGAACUGUUCACUGUCAAGGACCGUAACUGCCUGCAUAUGGAGAUUAGCAUCGCUGGUAGCAACCUGAGCUACCAGACUGGUGACCACAUCGCCGUCUGGCCCACCAACGCCGGUGCCGAGGUCGACCGUUUCCUCCAGGUCUUUGGUAUCGAGGACAAGCGUCACUCCGUCAUUAGCAUUAAGGGUAUCGACGUCACUGCCAAGGUUCCCAUCCCGACUCCCACUACCUAUGAUGCCGCCGUUCGCUACUACAUGGAAGUUUGCGCUCCCGUCUCCCGUCAAUUCGUCUCGACCCUGGCUGCCUUUGCUCCCGAUGAGGAGACCAAGGCAGAGAUCGUUCGUCUGGGUAACGACAAGGACUAUUUCCACGAGAAGAUCACCAACCAGUGCUUCAACAUCGCCCAGGCGCUGCAAAGCAUCACCGCCAAGCCGUUCAAUGCCGUUCCGUUCUCCCUGCUCAUCGAAGGUCUCAACAAGCUCCAGCCCCGUUACUACUCCAUCUCUUCCUCGUCUGCGGUCCAGAAGGACAAGAUCAGCAUCACCGCUGUUGUCGAGUCCGUUCGCCUGCCCGGUGCCUCGCACAUGGUCAAGGGUGUCACCACCAACUACCUCCUGGCUCUCAAGCAGAAGCAGAAUGGCGAUGCCUCCCCCGAUCCUCACGGUCUGACUUACGCAAUCACUGGUCCUCGCAACAAGUACGACGGCAUCCACGUGCCCGUCCACGUCCGCCACUCCAACUUCAAGCUCCCCUCCGACCCCACCAAGCCCAUUAUCAUGGUUGGUCCCGGUACUGGUGUUGCUCCUUUCCGUGGUUUCAUUCAGGAACGUGCUGCUCUCGCCGCCAAGGGCGAGAAGGUUGGUACUACCGUGCUGUUCUUCGGAUGCCGUAAGCGUGAUGAGGACUUCAUCUACCAGGACGAGUUCAAGACCUACCAAGAGCAGAUGGGUGACUCUCUCAAGAUCAUUACUGCCUUCUCCCGUGAGGGCACCCAGAAGGUCUACGUUCAGCACCGCCUGAAGGAGAACGCCUCGCUUGUCAGCGACCUCCUCAAGCAAAAGGCCAACUUCUACGUCUGCGGUGACGCCGCCAACAUGGCCCGUGAGGUCAACCUGGUGCUGGGCCACAUCAUUGCCGAGCAACGCGGUAUGCCCGCCGAGAAGGGCGAGGAGAUGGUCAAGCACAUGCGGAGUAGCGGCAGCUACCAGGAGGAUGUGUGGUCAUGA